AUUACCGCUAAGUGUCUAAAAGCCGCGCCCCUGAAAAUUGACAUUCCGCUAGAUUAACCGGGCUUUCAGGCAGAGCGGCUGGAUUAACCGCAGUAGCUCCCCGCCCGUGCUGCGUUCACAUAAAGACGACUCGCACGCGCCCUAAACAAGAUGUCAAGGAAAGUGAUUGAACUGUUUUACGACGUGGUUUCACCCUAUGCCUGGCUGGGGUUUGAGGUGCUGUGUCGCUACAGAAAUGUGUGGAACAUGGAGCUCAAAUUACGCCCCGCACUUCUAGGGGGAGUCCUACUGGCAUCAGGAAACAGGUCACCUGUGAUGGUGCCAAAUAAAGGUCUGUACAUGAUGAAGGAUCUGAACCAGCUGGCAUCUUAUAUGAACGUUCCUCUGCAACACCCGUCUGACCCGAUUGAGGUUAUGUUUGGUAAAGGUUCUCUCUCUGCAAUGCGCUUUAUAACAGCCGUAGCGGAGAAAGAGAAAGAGAAAGAUAACGAUCGCCUUUUGGAGAAUGUUUCUAGAGAAGUGUGGAAGCGAAUCUGGAGCACGGAUCAGGACAUCUGUGAGCCAGCGUCUCUCUCUGAGGCAGGAUUGAAGGCUGGCUUCUCCUCUAGCGAAGUGGAAGAACUACUCAGACUGGCCAACUCUCAGGCAGUCAAAGACAAUCUGAAACAAACUACACAGGAAGCAGUCAACUACGAGGCGUUUGGGCUUCCUCUCGUCGUCUGUCACGUUGACGGAAAACCUCAGACGUUCUUCGGAUCGGACCGGUUUGAGCUCAUGGCUCACUGCAUUGGAGAGAAGUGGCUCGGUCCACAACCUGACAAACCCACUUUAAAUCUGUAACAGCAUCAUGUUUAAUCACUACUUCAAUAUAGUGUGUACCUGCUCCUAAUGUGUGUGUGUGUGUGUGUUUGUCUAACAUGAGAUGAAUAUGUCUGAACUAGAAGGCUUAUUUAGUGAAAGGAGUGAGAAAAAGAUUGAGAGAAAGAUGGUGGGAUGAAGAAUGAAAAAUAUACCAAUAGCAAGAAGCUAUAUCUGCAGGAAGUGAUGGCUUGGAUGAAGAAAGAGAGAAAAGAGUGAUCAUGAAGGAGAAAACAAUG